AUGACAGAGCACGCAGAAAUCUAUUACACAGAAUAUUUGGCAAAUCAUUACACUGAGUACGAAAAUCAAACUAAAAGUCAACAUAAUACAACUGCACCUACUACUAGACUUCUGAAAAAGUUUGUAGCAGAUAAUUAUUAUCACCUUUACACUAGGAACAACCCUAAUUCUAGCGACCUUCUGUUCUAUGACGACAUCAGUUCCGUCAAUUCAUCUGAGUUCGAUCCAUCGUUGCCUAUUGUGGUUGUAGUACAUGGUUGGGGAGGCGAUUACAGUUCCGAAAUUAAUCCAGCAAUGAAAGAUGCUUACCUGAACAAGAGCUCUGUGAACAUGAUUAUAGUGGAUUGGAACCAAGAGGCCAGAAAAGAUUACAUAUCUGCUGUUAGUAGUGUACCGAGCGUUGGCAGGAAUUUGGCCAGAUUCUUAGCUUAUCUUAAUACAGCCAUUGGUGCUUCUUACACAAAAAUGCAUUUAAUAGGUUUCAGUUUAGGGGCCCAUGUUGUUGGAAAUGCUGGCCGGUAUUUGAAUGGCAGAGUCGCUCGCAUUACGGGAUUGGAUCCAGCUGGACCGCUCUGGACUCUAAAUAGCAAUCGUCUUAAAUCUACAGAUGCUACCUAUGUUGAAGCAAUUCACACGAAUAGAGGAACUCUGGGUAUAAAUCUGAAUGUUGGUGACGUCGAUUUUUAUCCUAACAAAGGUUUCUUCCAACCUGGUUGCUCUAAUUCAUCUUGCAACCACAGCCGCUCCUGGAAACUUUUCAUAGCUUCUUUACAACACAAUCAUUUAAUAGGGAGAAGAUGUGGCAGUACAAUCGAACUUGAUUUUAAUAAUUGUCACGGAGAUUCAUUGGUUUUUGGUACUGACGAUUUAUUCAAGCUCGGGUAA